CCGGGUUGUUUCCGGUUCUCCGGUGAGCAGCACGCGUGUAGAAACAAACCGAUCAGCUCAGAAACCAACCGGAGCAGAAACGUCCCGGUUCCGUCAUCAUGGGUCCGCCUCGCUCGAAGAAGCGGCGUCCGACGUUCCGUCGCCUGCUGAAGACGAGCGGCGUGAAGCUGGAGAACAAACUGAAGAACCGACAGAUGAAGCAGCAGAACGUUGCUAAGAAACAACGAAAGGAACAUAAGAAGCUGAGACAGGCGGUGAAGGAUGCCGCCAUCAGGACGCCGCGGCCGCUGGAGACGUACAGGAAGAGACCAGAGGAAGAGGAGGAUGAGGAAGACUUCCUGGAGACGCUUCCCACGGACAUGAUGGACGAGCAAGACCUGCAGCACCUCACGUCCAUGGCCCAGAGAGCCUCGUUCAUCACCAGAGACCUGUCGUCAUGCGAGCCCGUGCACGGCGGGAGGAAGCGGAGGUCGGAGGUCGUGCGGAGCUACGAGAAGAUUCCCAGGAAGCUGCAGAAGACGCAGGAAAAGGAAGUGAUUCACCUCCUGCCAAUCAAAGACAAGUCCCGCCUCAUCCCGCAGCGCCUGGAGAGAGUGAAACCGCAGCAGGAGGAAGAGGAGGAGGAAGAGGAGGAAGAGGAUGAUGAGUGUGAGAGUCAGCUGAUGGAGCAGCUGACGGAGCAGCAGAGGGAGGAACUCCGAUUCAACAAGAUCAACGAGAAGAAGCUUCACAUCGCAGCGCUAGCGUCGGCCGUCACCUCCGAACCCAACGCUAACAUUAAGCGUGUGAAGGAGCUGCGUGGCCUGCUGAUGGAGACGGAUCCGAGCAUCGCGGUGACCGUCAGGAAGCUGGUGAUGGUUUCUCUGAUGGAGAUCUUCAAAGACAUCACACCGACCUACAGGAUCCGACCUUUGACCCCCGCAGAGAAGGCUGCUAAGGUGAAGAAGGAGACGCAGCAGCUCAGAGAGUUCGAGGAAGGUUUAGUGAGUCAGUACAAGUUCUACCUGGAAGACCUGGAGCAGACGGUCAAAGACUGGAAGCAGCAGAAGAAGAAGCGCAGUCAGGCGGUGGGCUUCUCUUCGUAUCAGUCUCUGGCGGAGGUUGCUGUUCGCUGUCUGUGUGAGCUGCUGCUCGCGCUGCCGCAUUUCAACUUCCACAACAACAUCAUCGUCGUCCUCGUGCCGCUGAUGAACGACCCGGCCAGCAAGGUGUCAGAGAUGUGCUGUGAUGCGUUCAGGAAACUCUUCCAGCAGGACAAACUGGGCGGCGCCUCGUUGGCGGUUGUGCGUGUCGUCUCCGGCCUCGUCAAGCGGCUCAACUACAACGUCAGACCCGAGGUGCUCAUGACGCUGCUCAGUCUCAGGAUUAAAGAGGUGGAGAUGAAGAAGGACAUCGACGCCACGGCACCAAAGAAGAAGUUCAUGAACAACAAAGAGAAGAAGAAGAGCCUGUCGAGGAUGCAGAGAAAGUGGAAGAAAGCGGAGGAGAAGUUGGAGAAGGAGCUGAUGGAGGCCGAAGCUUCAGAGAGUAAAGACCGGAAAAUCAAACUGCACACGGAGACUCUGAACAUCGUCUUCCUCAUCUACUUCAGGAUCUUAAAGAAAGCUCAAAAAUCUGUUCUACUUCCUGCUGUGCUGGAGGGACUGGCCAAGUAUGCUCACCUCAUCAACAUGGAGUUCUUUGAUGACCUGCUGAACGUCCUGCAGAGUCUCAUCCUAUCAGGAAAUCUGACCAAUCGGGAGAGUUUGCACUGCAUCCAGACCGUCUUCAUCAUCCUAUCAGGACAAGGUGACGUCCUGAACAUCGACCCUCUCACCUUCUACUCACACCUCUACAGGAUGCUCCUGACGCUGCACGCAGGGAAGCCCAAUGAUGACAUCAUCAUCGUGCUGCGGUGCCUGGACACCAUGCUGACGCGGCGCAGGAAGCAGGUCAGCCUGCAGAGGGCGAUGGCGUUCGUUAAACGUAUGAGCACGCUCAGUCUGCACCUGCUGCCCAACGCCAGCGUGGGAAUCCUAGCCGCCACCAGAUCUACCAUGCAUUCCUUCCCUAAGUGUGACUUCCUGUUGGAUAACGAGGUUCAGGGCAGCGGCUUCUACCUGCCGGAGCUCGAGGAACCAGAACACUGCAACGCUCAGAACACGGCCCUGUGGGAGCUACACACACUGCAGAGGCAUUACCACCCGGUGGUUCGGCGCUUGGCGGUCCAUCUGAGUCUCGGCGCUCCGAGCGAAGGAUCGGGGGCGCUCAGCGUGGAUCUGAGCCGCAGGUCGCCGGCGGAGCUGUUUAAUGAUUACAGCGUCAGAGACAUGACCUUUAACCCCGCCGUGGCAGCACCCAGCACCAAGAAGAAGGAUUAUUUCACAGUCGGAGCGACGCUAUUGGACGCUGAGCUGCAGAGACGAGCUGAGAGCAUCCUGACCGUUACCGAGGAAACGCAGCUGGACUUUACUAAAACACACACACACUGACACACAUACACACACACACACUGACACACACACACACACACUGAC